GUCCCGCGGUGGAGGACGCAGCGGGGACGCGGCGGCAGCAGCGGCGGCGGGGGUACCGGUGAAGUUUCGAGGGGAAUGGCAGCUCGAAGCAGGAGAGCCUGGUUCAGUGUUCUGCUGGGGCUGGUGCUCGGCUUCACCCUGGCAUCUAGACUCAUUCUUCCCAGGGCCACAGAGCUGAAGAAAGGCGGACACGCACGUAGGGACAAGCCCGCCGCCUGCGGCCUCACCGCGGCAGCGGCUGCACAGAGGAAGGAGCGCGCCGGAGCGGCGCUGCUACAAUGGCCGCCGCCAGAUAACGGUUCACCGGCCACAGAGAAGCCCGGCUCACGGUCCAACAACUUCCUGUUCGUGGGUGUCAUGACUGCGCAGAAGUACCUGAGGAGUCGCGCCGUGGCCGCGCACAGGACCUGGGCUCAGACCGUUCCAGGUCGGGUUGAGUUCUUCUCCAGUGAAGGCUCCGACACUUCCAUUCCCAUUCCCAUCGUGGCUCUGAGGAAUGUGGACGACUCGUACCCUCCUCAGAAGAAGUCCUUCAUGAUGCUCAAGUACAUGCACGACCACUACCUGGACCGAUACGAGUGGUUCAUGAGGGCGGACGACGACGUCUACAUCAAGAGCGAGAAGUUGGAGAGCUUCUUGCGGAGCCUCAACAGCAGCGAGGCCAUCUUCCUGGGACAGACUGGGAUGGGGGCCCGGGACGAGCUGGGCAAACUGGCUCUGGAGCCCGGUGAGAACUUCUGUAUGGGCGGUCCCGGGGUCAUCAUGAGUCGAGAGGUUCUCAGGAGGAUGGUGCCCCACAUCCGAGAGUGCCUGCAGGAGAUGUACACCACCCACGAAGAUGUGGAAGUGGGGCGUUGUGUGAGGAGGUUCGCUGGAGUCCAGUGCGUCUGGUCCUAUGAGAUGCAGCAACUAUUCUAUGAGAACUACGAGCCAAACAAGAAGGGCUACAUCCGAGACCUUCACAACAGCAAGAUCCACAGAGCCAUCACCCUCCACCCCAACAAGAACCCCCCCUAUCAGUACCGCCUACACAGCUACAUGCUCAGCCGUAAGAUCGCUGACCUGCGCCACCGCACCAUUGAGCUCCACCGGGAGAUCGUCCAGAUGGGGCGCUACGGAGCGCCUGAACCUACCCGAGACGACCUCCAGCUGGGAAUGCCACCGUCAUUCAUGCGCUUCCAUCCACGGCAGAGGGAAGAAGUUCUGGAAUGGGAAUUUCUGACGGGGAAGUAUCUGUACUCAGCAUCUGACAGUCAGCCACCGCGCCGGGGGAUGGACUCCUCCCAGAGGCAGGCACUAGAUGACAUCAUCAUGCAAGUGAUGGAGAUGAUCAAUGCCAACGCCAAGACUCGAGGCCGAGUCAUCGACUUUAAAGAAAUCCAGUAUGGCUACCGCAGGGUGAACCCUUUGUACGGGGCGGAGUACGUUUUGGAUCUGUUGCUGCUCUACAAGAAACACAAAGGAAAGACCAUGACGGUUCCUGUGAGGAGACACGCCUACCUGCAGCAGACCUUCAGCCAAAUCCAGGUCAGAGAAGAAGAAGAGAUGGACGCCUCGGCUCUGGCCAGUCACAUCAACAAAGAACUGGACUCGCUCUCCUUCAUCUCCAACUCCCUGAAAAUGCUAGUGCCCUUCAAAUUGGCCACAUCUGGCCAAGACCAGAGAGAACCAAAAGAGAAGAAGGUCAACAUCUUGGUGCCGCUGUCGGGUCGUUACGACAUUUUUGUACGCUUCAUGGCCAACUUUGAACGGGUUUGCCUGAUUCCCAACCAAAACGUCAAGCUGCUGAUCCUGCUCUUCAGCACAGACAACAAUACGGAGCGGGUCAAGCAGGUGGAGCUCAUGAGGGAGUACCACAUGAAGUAUCCACGAGCAGAGAUGGAGAUAAAACCUGUCACCGGCUCCUUCUCCAGGGCUUUGGCUUUGGAAGUGGGUUCCUUACAUUUCUCCAACGAUUCCUUGCUCUUUUACUGUGACGUAGAUCUGCUCUUCACUAGUGAGUUCCUUCAACGAUGUCGGGCCAACACCGCCCUGGGUGAACUGGCCUACUUCCCGGUCAUCUUCAGUCAGUAUGACCCUAAAGUGGUUUACGCUGGGAAGAUUCCUAGCAACAAUCACUACGUCUUCACCUCCAAGACGGGUCUGUGGAGAAACUACGGCUUUGGGAUCGUUUGUGUUUACAAAGGAGACCUGCUCAAAGCCGGGGGCUUCGACACCUCCAUACAGGGCUGGGGGCUGGAGGACGUGGACCUCUUUAACAAGUUUAUCCAGACAGGGAUUAAGUUGUUCAGGAGUACAGACACGGGCAUCGUGCACGUCCACCACCCGGUCAUAUGUGACCCAAACCUGGAGGCCAAGCAGUACAAGAUGUGUCUGGGUUCCAAGGCCUCGUCGUACGGUUCCACCCAGCAGUUGGCCGAGCUUUGGCUGGAGAAGAACGACAUGAGCUUCAGAAAAAUGGUCAGCAACAAUGACUCAGUCCGGACAGCAUGAAGACAGACCUGGACACUUUGGUUUCUCCGGCACCUCCUAGUGGUGUUUUGUCCACCUAAUUUAUUUUUUACUCAAACGCAAGACUUGUAGGCAGACGUAUUUGGAUUUUUUUUUUUCAAAGCGCAGAACUCACCCAGGGUGAACUGAUCUUCAGGGACGUCUGGACUUUGCUGAGGUUCUCUACACUUUGAACAUGGACGGAACGUUGACGACGUUCUGGUCUGGAGCUGAUGACAUUGUGGAGAUAUUUCAGCAAGUACCUGGGUGAAGUUCUGGCUCUGCUGCAGACGAGAAAGUAUUCCAUGUGUGUUUGUUCGAAAAACAAUUCUCUGUUGGUGAAUGUUUACAGAUUCCAAACAUUUUAUCCAUGUGGUCACAUGACCUGAAUGACUGGUGAGCGCUCAACUCCAGAUCGAGUUUUUUUUUUUCUUACUUUUACAUUUUCUUUGAUUUUUUUUUUUUAAACAAAUCUGACAUAACACUGUUACUUUUUUUAAUUUUCUUUAUUGAUUCAUUUCUGUGAACCAACUGCUGGAUUUGAAACAGACAAUUCAACACUUGCUGUCUAAUUUAUUGAAGUUACAGGAUCAGUAUGUUCUACUUUCUGGCUGUUUUAAAAAAAAGUGUCAGAUUUAAAGGUGGUAGAACCGCUCAGUCAUGGGAUCGAUUGUUUCAAUCAUGUUUUUGUUCCUGCGGGUGAGUUCAGGUUCUUUUAAACAGUGGUUAUGUCAGGUACCGAUGUGUGAGAGCAGACUCACAACACUUCAUCAUAUCAGUAACAUCUGUUCUUCUCACUGUCCCACAGCUUUGUCCAACAACGACUCGUGGUUUGUCAACUAGUCCCCCCGCCCCCACACACACCAUGGUCCAUAGAGAAAAUCAAUCAUUUUACUACAGGCACACAUGAGCUGCUGGUGCAACGCUGCCUCUAUUGAUUCAUUUGUGCUAUUUAAGUUAUUCUCAGCAAGGCAGUUUUCAACACCAAAGUUUCCAGUGAACACAUUUCAGCAUAAGGCCGAAGCAGGAAGUGGACCAGCUGCUGCUGCGUGACUGCACCAGAUAAAGACAGGUUAUUUUACAUGGAGAUUGUGUUGUGAAAA